AUGUUAAGAUGCGACAGUCGAUUAAAAAAUGCUGAGUUUCUCUCAUUCGGUACAAGAUACCCAAUUAUUUUGCCAAGAUAUAACCACAUAACCAAGUUGAUCGUAAAAGAUUGUCACAAAGCAGGGCAGCAUAUAUGUGGUGUAAAUCAUACCUUGGCGGAGUUGUCUACAAAGUAUUGGGUAGUAUCUGGAAGAGAAGAGAUUAUAAAACGGGAAGCAGAGUGUGCAGAAUGCAAGCGAAGAAAAGCAAAGUUAGCAACGCAGAUUAUGGCACCAUUACCAACGAAACGUUUGCAGUUUAGUAUGAAGGCCUUUGAAAGGUGUGCUGUAGAUUAUGGUGGUCCGUUCAUAACCAUUUAA